CUCCUCAGACGUGAUGGACCAGUGAUGGACCAGAAGUACCCUAAUUCUGUUUGUAUCCUCGACACAGGCGCCAGAGUCUAGUUCACUAGUGGUUUUCUUUGUGCCAAGAUAUAAGUUUUUAGUUAUGAGCUGCCGAACUUGUCACGUUAGCGGCACAGUCUCUGCAUAGGCGCCUUCAGCGGCCAGAAAAGGCGCCAUCUGUGGCGUCGACUCAAAAAUGCUUGGCGUGUCUUCAAAUUACCCGCCUCCUCCACUGGAUGAGGAUGGCUUGUACCAGCAGGCAUCGGGAGAAGGCAGCGCUAGCGAAAACUUCAAGGUGGUCGUGCGCAUUCGACCGCCAUUGCGGCGCGAAUUACAGGGAACUGGCCUGCGUGCAUAUCAAUGCACUACAGCCGUGGAGCCGGGAGACCGCAACAUCAUCCUAUCAGAGAACCUGCCGGCCGUCAUCAGCCAGCAUGGCGGUAUCACGGACCUUUACAACACGUACAGGUUCACGUUCGACUGCGUGUACGACCAGCAGUGCCCCCAGGAGCGCGUGUACCGCCAGAGCGCGCAGCAGGUGGUGCUGUCAAUCCUGCAGGGCUACAACGCAGCCAUCAUUGCGUACGGCCAGACCGGCACCGGCAAGACGUUCACCAUGGAGGGAGCCAUGGAGGGCCCGGACCGCGGCAUCAUCCCGCGCACGGUGGAGGACAUCUUCACCUUCAUUGUCAACGACCCCGAGCCGUCCAGUAAGUACCUGGUGCGCUCGUCGUACCUGCAAAUAUACAACGAGGUGGUGUCGGACCUGCUGAAGCCGGAGCGCUCCUCGCUGGCCAUCCGAGAGGACCGCCGCCGCGGCGUGUUCGUGGAGGGGCUGAGCGAGUGGGUGGUGCGCUCGCCGGCGGAGGUGUACGGACUCAUACAGCGGGGCCAGUCGCUGCGCGCCACGGGCGCCACCAAGCUGAAUGAGGUGUCCAGUCGCUCACACGCUGUUUGCGUUAUCAUCGUGGAGAAGUGCACCACGCCACAGCAGCAGCAGGCGGCCGACGGCGGGGAAGGCGGCGGCUGGCGCGCUGCCGAGGUGGACGCCUCGGGCCAGGUCAUCCAGUCCAUCAAGGUGGGCAAGCUCAACCUGGUGGACCUGGCGGGCAGCGAGCGCGUGCACGUGACGGGCGCGGUGGGGCGGCGGCUGGAGGAGAGCAAGAAGAUCAACGCCUCGUUGUCGGCGCUGGGUAAUGUCAUCGCCGCGCUGACGGACCGUCGCGAGCGCUCGCACAUCCCCUACCGCGACUCCAAGCUGACCCGGCUGCUGGAGGACUCGCUGGGCGGCAACUGCCGCACCACCAUGAUCGCCACCAUCGCGCCCAGCCUGGAGGCCUUCCAGGAGUCGCUGUCCACACUCAAAUUCGCAAACAGGGCCAAGAACAUCCAGAACGAGGCGCACGUGAACGAGGACGUGGACCAGCGCACGCUGCUGCGCAAGUACGAGCGCGAGCUGCGGCGGCUGCGGGACGAGCUGGCGCGCAGGAGCCGCAACGUGGUGGACAAGCGCGCGCUGCUGGUGGCCGAAGAGCAGGCCAAGCGGGCUGAGGCGGACAAGUUGGCGGCACUGACGGCGCUGCAGGAACGCAGUCGCGAGUUCCUGCGUGAAAAGGAGGAGAAGCGCGCGCUGGAGCUCAAAAUCCAGGCCAUGCAAAGCCAGCUGCUGAGCGGCGGCGGCUCCAGUGCGGUGCUGACGGAGGUGCCGGCGGUGCGAGCCAUGGUGCAGCGCGAGGCCAACAAGGUCAAGGAGUACUACGAGGCGCGCAUCCGGGCUCUGGAGGCGGAGCGGCAGGACGCGGAGGGCCACGCCGCCGAGGUGGACCGCUACAAGCAGCUGCUGCUCAAACAGCGCGACAUCAUGAUCGCGCUCACCGCCCGCCUAAACGAGCGGGACGAGCGCAUCACCAACCUGCAGGAGGAGCUGGACGCCUACGACCGCUACCAGCGCCAACUGGAGGACCAGCUGGACGCCAAGACCGCCGAGCUGAUCAGCCUGAGGAAGGCGGCAGUGGAGCACGCCUCAGGCGGUCCGGCGGGCUCGCGCGGGGUGGACCCCACCGCGCUGCAGAGCGCACUGGGCGACUGGUCGUCGUCACAGGGCGGACGAGGGCCGGUGCCGGGCGAGCAGCUGGCGGAGGCGCUCGUGCCGCUGUCCAUCAGACCUGGUGGCGGUGUGGGCCCGGGGCGGCCGCAGCUGGUGUACACAGCAGACGGCACCGCGGUGGACCUGCAGGGGCCCGAGUCGCAGGACGUGACACCGCGCCGCGCCCCCGCGCCCGCCUCCGCCGCGGCAGCAGCCGCCUGGCGGCCGCACCUGCCGCAGCCCUACCCGCCCACGCAGGAGGGCACAACAUUGGUGGCAGCAGGGGCGAACGGCGUACACACGGGACAACCCGAGGCUGCAGUGGCUUCCCCAGGCGAGGUGGCUGAGCUGCGCGCCGCGGCGCUGACGGCCGCCAAGGAGCGCAGCGCGCUGCAGCAGAUCUUGGAGUCCAAGGUGCGGGUCAUGCUGGCGGACAUCAUACAACAGGUGUCGGAUCCACGUGCCCACGCGGCGGCCAACGGUGGCGGCGACGUAGCCUCCCAGCCGCAGCUGCUGGGGCGGCUGGCGGCGCUGGAGCAGUUGGUGGCGCGCGUGGCGGAGGCCAUUGGCAGCAGCGGCGCCACGUGACGGGCGGUAGCAAGUGUCAUGGCAUGAGUGGCGACACACCUUUACGUCUUUACGUUUCUCCUGAACAGUGUCCGCUGUCAGUGCAGUAUACGGCAAUGCUCAGCAAAGCGUUCGAGCGGUCGCGUGCUGCACUGAAGUGCUGCAAGUGCUUGAAGCGGGAGGCCGGGGGCGCCUUAAAGCACGUGUGUAUGUGUUGGGAUUGCGUGUAAAUUACGCAAGCAUCCAGGAGUCAAGCAGGCGGUAUGAGAGGGCUCGCAUCGCACAAAACCCGUUCACAAUUCCUCAGAAGGCCUAGGUCAGACGGCAAGUAUGCCCACAUAUGCCCUGUACGACAUGGCAUUGGGCGCCGCCACCUUCCUCCUGUAAUUGAAAC